AUGGGAUUAUUAUAUACUAAAAUUGCUGAAUUAUUCAAAACAAAGCAUAAAAUCCUAAUGAUAGGUUUAGAUGGUGUAGGAAAAACAACAAUAUUACAUAGAAUGAAGACAGGAGAAUUAGUCGAAACUAUUCCAACGAUUGGAUUCAAUGUUGAAACAGUUGUGUGUAACAAUAUAAGUUUAACAGUUUGGGAUGUUGGUGGAGGUGACAAGAUUCGUGAAUUGUGGGGACAGUAUUUAGUGGAAAGCAGUGCUGUUAUUUUCGUUGUCAACGCAACCGAUCAUGAACGAAUCAAUGAAGUACGAGAGGGUAUUUCAAGAGUGUUCAGUAUAGAAGAAUCAUCGGCGGGCGUCUGUCUAUUGAUUCUCCUCAACAAACAAGAUCAACCAAAUGCAAUGAACUCCUCAGAACUAACAGAAUCAUUGAAAUUGAACGAUCUAAAAGAUAGAAAGUGGCAUAUUCAACCGACUACCGCCAUCACAGGUGCUGGCAUUCUCGAAGGUUUAGAAUGGUUAUCUAAAAAUUUAAAGAACUAA